UCUAUCCCCUGCAUAGGUAGAUAACGAUUCGAAAUUUUUAAUCUGCGCCGGUCAACGGGUUAUCGUUGGGUUUCGUUUAAAAAAGUAAAUAUAACAUUUUUUUUUAAAUCAUGGUGGAGAAGCAGUGUAAGGCCAGGCCUGUGAAAGCCUAUUACAUUAUGAGUGAUUUGCUGAAAAAGUUGGACUGUGAGGCCACCAACGAUGUCGUUAAGGUGGCAACGGCGGUUGUCGGUUUCUAUAUCGGCGUGUUUUAUCUUGAAUACGUAGACACAGAGUAUAGUCUGUGGCUGACGUGGUUCCUCACGCCAGUGGUGGUGACCUUCCUCCUACCAGCCGUGAUCAUCGUACUUAUCUACGCCAGCAGCAUCAUAUUCCAUCUUUACAGGCUGUACAGAUUACGAAUUGUCGAUGGCGUCCACAGUGACUGGAGGCACGCGGCGCGACUAGCGGUCUGCGCUUUAUGGGAUGCCCAUGGCUGGCUCUGGCAUGGUUACGACAUAAGGGGUUUCGAGAACAUACCAGACGGGCCGUUCCUACUGAUCUACUACCACGGAGCUCUGCCCAUCGAUAUGUACUACUUCACGGCACGGAUGCUUCUGUUCAAGAGGCGGCUUAUACACACGGUGGCUGACCGCUUCCUGUUCAAAAUACCCGGCUGGGCUUCCCUUCUCGAAGGUUUAUGUGUGAUCCCAGGAACGGUGCAGACUUGUGCCGGCGUGCUGAGGGCGGGGAAUCCCCUAGCGAUUUCGCCGGGGGGAGUUUACGAGGCACAGUUUGGUGACCACUACUAUAGACUUAAUUGGAAGACCAGGGUUGGAUUUGCCAAAGUUGCUUUGGAAGCUAAAGUGCCCGUAGUACCGAUGUUCACUCAGAACGUCCGCGAGGCGUUCCGAACGGUGGGCUGGCUUAGAGGCAUCUGUCUGCGCAUCUACGCGGCGACGCGAGUUCCCCUCGCGCCCGUCUACGGCGGCUUCCCCGUCAAACUUGUCACGCACCUGGGACCAGCUAUACCCUACGAUCCCGCCAUGACGCCUGAAAUGUUGCAGAUCAAGGUCGCCAGCGCAAUAGAAAAGUUAGUCGAGGAACACCAGAGGGUGCCGGGAAGCAUUCUCUUAGCCCUCAUGGAGAGAAUACACGAAAUGCCGAAGCGGAAGCCCAAACAAAUCACCCACACGAACGGCACCUGCCAAAACGGCAUCAAAAAGACUGAAAAAGAAGAUAGUUUAAGUGAAAAGUGCGAAGGCGACAAAGCUAAGGUGUCAUAAACGGUAAUAUAAUGAUUUUCUUGAAUCUAUUGAUAGUUUUUUAAGGUUCAUUCGCACACAUUGUCACCGAUCUGUGACGUCAACUAAUUCUGUACAAAUUGUCGUGUGAACGAACCUUUAUGAGGUGGUUUGAUUGAGACCUUCGAUCGACAAUAUACUAGAUCAUCAGCACUGUACAAAAUCUGGGAGACAAAGUGUUCGUGUCUUUUAUUUAUGCUUUUCUGGUGUUUGAAAUACAUACUUCGAUAUUAUAAUAUUAUAAAUGCAAAAGUUUGUCCGCUUAUUGGUUCCGUAUAUGUAUGUAAAUCCUUUAUUGUACACCACAGAAACUUAUAAUUAUAACAUAAAAGUA